UUGAAGCCGCACACCCGCCACUGCAGGUCGAAAUUGCGACAUGGGACAAACAGAGAGAAUCGUGGCGGUAGUAGUUUUGGUUUCGGUCAUCAUUAUCCUGGCCUCUAUCACAUUACCAAACUCGAAAGUUCCUGAUGCUUCAAAAGUGAUCCAGGCUGAGCUGAAAAUUAAAAAGGCCUCCUCCGUGUCUUUGAGCACUUUGCGAGGCCUCCCCUUUGAUGAUGAGCGGUUGCUCUCUUACACGAUGGGGAUUAUUCGCCCGCCCGUUGAUCGCAGUGUACCUUAUGUUUUGAAGGAAAUGACCAAAUACGACUACUCGUGGCAAGUGAUCGCUCCCACUGUGCUCAAGUUCCUCAAGAAUAGGGUCAUGAUGCAGACAGACUCCCGGAAUCCUGAGCUGAGCUGGGGCCACCCUCCGCCUUCCGACUGGGCCUCGGCUCGAGUGCCGCCAGCCCACGCUCCUCUUAACCCUCCAAGGGCCAACAUGCCCCGACCCAGCGAGAGUUUGCCCAGAGAUCCGAGGACGUGGAGUCGCGAGCACGUCGCCCUUUGGCUUCGUCACAUGGCCGCGCGCCACCAGAUGCAGAUCAACGCGCCCCACGAGCGCUUUCCCAUGAACGGCAAGGCCCUUUGUCUCAUGAACGUGGACAUGUUUCUGCAACGCGUGCCUCUCGGCGGCAAGACCCUCUAUAAGGACUUCCAGCUGCGCCUUGGCCGCGCCAUGUACCUGCAGGCGCAGGCGGCCGCAAAGUCCUAAACGCUCUCCGCACCUCCAAUUUUUUUUUUGUACAUUUCUUUGUAAAGUUAUGAUUUUUAUACGAGUAACGCUUUUACCACCAUGAACCAAAAAGGCAGCAGCAAUUUGCAUUUUAUGCUGAUUAUGUAAUUAUAUUAUUUAUAUAUAGAUUGUUUUUGCGACCCAUCCCAAUAACUGGGAUUACUAUUUUAAUUAAUACUCGGUCACCGGGUGAAAGUUUCCUAAAUACGGACGCAAAUUAGACUUAAAUCUGAAAUUUGAGGUUUUCAAAAAGUAGUUGUUCUAGUCACACUUAAUUGAAGAGCGAUUUGCAAACAAGCACCUGGCGAUGAAUAAGGGAAUUCAAAUGAAAUCUGUUUAUCAGUAAAUUUGCAAACAAAAAACAAUAUGUUACUUUUAAUUUAAAAAUUAAUGCUUUUUGUCAACCAGUUUAUGGCUAAGUUACUAUACCAAAGGUGAAUGAUUUUGCACAAAAAUAAAUAAAUAUAUAAUUUAAUGAGAUUG